AGCCUUAGGCUGCUUCUAACGUGGGAGCCAGGAAAAAUGAUAGGCAUUUCAGGCAACCAAUUGGUUAGUGAACUGAAAGAAGAAGCCCAUAAUGCGAAUCAAUCAACUAAGCAGAGGAGGGACGUUUCAACCCAGAACCAGAUUGAAUCGGUCCAGUUUCAAUUAGUUACAAAGAUUGCGCAAUGGUAUGAAGAAAUACAGCGUAUGUUUUUUGUAUGUGUUACUGUUUGAGUCUACGUUAUACGAGAAGUCGCUGAUAUUUAUUUUUUUAAGCAUGAGCUGGAACCCGACGUAGGUACUUACAAGCUGCAUUAAGACAUUCGGUUUGAUUGUCGCUUUAAUAAAUCCGUUUCGUUUACUAUAGUUGCGCAGUCGUGUUUGCACACAUGUUGGGAAAGGGAAGACGUCUGCAAAUCUCUUCUGAAGAUAGGCCGUUUUUAUUUAAAAUGUUCACCCCAACAUUAACAUAUUUAAGCAAAGGGUGUUUCAUGCCAUUUUGAUGCUGAACGAGAAACCUUGCGCAGUGCAGUAAACAUUUUUUUUUGUUUGUUAUUAGAUCAAUUAUUAGGUACAUUAAAUACCAAAUCAUUAUAUUGUUUCUUUCUUUUGGACUAUCUCAUCACCAACAAGACUGUGUUUAUCAAGACGAUUCUGAAAAUAAUAACAAAACAAAAAAAACAACAACUGCAAAACCAUGGGCCGUUUGUUUUUUUAAAUUACCAACAAAGCAACAGCAAACACAUUGGCUGGGAGGAGAAAGGAUGCAAGCUUUGGUUUGGAUAACGCACAACCCGCCCUGGAAUAAUCGCACAUGAAUACAUUUCACCCAGUUUUCGUGAUGAAAGUAUUACGCAGAAAGAGGAUUGUUUUAUUUAUCGCCUACAUUUUACUUCUGAUUUUAACCAUGCUGAACCUGGCUAACUAUAAAUGGACUAAAGAGCCACAGCAAUGCAAUCACCAGAUGAGAAGCACUCCCUACCAGAGCCGGUCAGAUAUCCGUUAUUUAUACAGCUCCUCCAUGCCUAAAAAGAGACAGCUCGUGUACGUUCUCACCACCUGGAGAUCCGGAUCAUCUUUUUUCGGUGAGUUGUUUAACCAAAAUCCCGAAGUGUUCUUUAUCUAUGAACCGAUGUGGCACAUCUGGCAGAAGCUGUACCCGGGGGACGCUGUGUCUCUCCAAGGCGCUGCUAGGGACAUGCUGAGCUCCUUAUACCGGUGUGAUCUUUCUGUUUUCCAGCUUUACAACCCGCCAGGCGGCAAGAAUGUAACUUCUCUUGGGUUAUUUGGGGCAACUCUAAACAAAGUGAGCUGUUCCUAUCCUCUUUGUUCAGCAUAUAGGAAAGAUGUGGUGGGUAUGGUGGAUGAUAAAGUGUGUAAGAAAUGCCCCCCACAAAGCCUGAGGCUGCUGGAAGAAGAAUGUCUUAAGUACAGUACUGUUGUGAUUAAAGGGGUUCGCAUUUUGGACAUCAGCGUUUUAGCUCCAUUGAUGGAGGACCCGUCUUUAGACGUGAAAGUUAUACACUUAGUCAGAGAUCCCAGGGCGGUGGCGAAUUCCCGAAUUAAAUCGCGGCACGGCUUGAUAAGAGAAAACUUGCAGGUUGUGAGAAGCAGGGACCCGAAACUUCGCAGGAUACCAUUUGUGGACCCAAACCACAAAAUGAACAAAAAAGACGGUUCUGAUUACCAUUCCAUUGGGGCAAUGGAGGUGAUAUGUGACCGGACCACCAAGACUCUUCGAACUGCCCUAAACCCGCCCAGUUGGCUUAAGGGGAAAUACAUGCUGGUACGUUAUGAAGAUUUAGUUGAAGAUCCUGUAAAAACUGUAAGAGGUGUGUAUCGCUUUGUAAACCUCUCUGCUAGUCACGAUAUCGAGUCUUUUGCACUUAACAUGACGAGUGGGUCUAGCUCUUCUUCCAAACCUUUCAUCGUCUCCUCCAGGAAUGCGACACAAGCAGCUAGUGCUUGGAGGACAGUGCUAAAUUUUCAACAGAUUAAACAAGUGGAAGAUUAUUGUCAUCAUGCCAUGACGUUCCUAGGGUACGAACGUGUAAAAACCGCUGGAGAAGUAAAGGAUUUGAGCAAGUCUCUACUGACAGUACCCAAACUGUGAGAAUGUUAUCACCAAAGACCAUAACAAUGUACGUUAUUUAAUCGAUGUUUUAAAGCUUUCACAACACAUACUGAGCGAAUGUAGUUUCUUUUAUUACCAUUACGACCACUGAACGUUUUAAUAAACAAUGAUGUUUAAAAGAUAAGUCGGCCAAUACCUUUACUGUUUACCUGACUCCCAACACCACCAUUGAGGAGUUUAUGUACUUACUUAAUUUUCCAAAAGCUUACUGAGCAUAGGCACAACCCAUGAUGUUAUAGUGAACAUUGUGACAGAACUGUUUUGAGGGUGAACUCAUAAAGAUGCUUGCUCUUAAAAUGUAUAUGUUUCAUGCUAAGAUUGUGCAUGUAAGUACUGGGCCAGUUUUAACAAAGACAAUCAUUAAAAAAAAAAAGAAAAGAAAAAAAUUCGUCGUUUGGUUUAUGUUCACAACUUACUUAAUUUUAACUUUUCUGUGUUAGAUAAAGAAAAAGAUUUUAACCUUAUGGCACUUGACUAGAUUUACCUACAAAUGCAAGCUUCUCUACUUGAAGCCUUCUUGUCAGUCUGCCAGUCUGGUUUUCUUACAGUACUUUUUUAUUCAGUAUCACUCGAUACAUAUUAAAUAUUUGUCAAAAUGGGUCCAUAAGUUAAAUUCCUUUUCUGAAAUAUGUAAAAACUGCCAGUAGUUUUUAAUACACCACCCCACAAGUAAAUCAUGAUCCUCAAACUUAUAUAUUUGUAGAAAUAGUAAUAGUAAAUAGACAUAGAAUAUUAAAAGCCUUGCAUUACACACAUCUCUUUUUAUGAUUCACAGAAUAGUCAAUAUUUUAAAUACAUGUGUAGUUGUGAAACAUGACAACCUACUCUCUCUAAUGUAUUUCCACAGCUCAACCCUGUACUGCUGAAGUAUCCAGCUUGUUCGUUCUGUGGAGGCCUGGGGAUUAAACCAGUCAUGUGUUUAUGCUUGUGUGAGGAAAUUGGAGCAUGCAUUAAUGAAUUUCACUUUUCUUUUUGGGCUGAACAGCAUGAUAGCUCUAUCCCAAGUCUGUUAUCACUGUGUAAGUCAGGUCUCAGUUUGUACAACAUUACCAGUACAGUAAUGCGUUAGCUUUGUGCAUUACAUUCAUGAAUAGGAAUGUAGAUCUUGAACAUUACUUUCUUUAACAGGAAUGUGGACCAGUCUGCAGCACAUCAGAAAUGUGCAUUUGUAAUUUGACCAAAUAAAACCGCUUGCAAGCAUUGA